AUGUAAAACUAAGUCCCUUUCACUUCAGCUCCUGCAUUAUUAUUGCCACUGAGAGAUGAGAUCUGGGAUGGCCUAAUACUAGUGAGGAUGGAUGCAUGGAUGACCACCUGAAGUUUCUUAUUCACUUUGAGUUGAUCUUGACUGUGUCAGCUUGUGUUUGUAACUUUGUCAAGCCUUGGAUUGUGCAAGAUGGCAUCAUCGCAUACAGACAUGGCCAGUGAGAAUUCAAAUAUCUUUCGUUUGAUAUCAUGGAACAUUGACGGACUGGAUGAGAGGAACAUCGAGGAGAGGACAAUGGCAGCUUGUGAUACCAUAAUGAAGUUAGCUCCAGAUGUAGUCUUCCUCCAAGAGGUGGUUCCCUCGACCAACAUAAUCCUCAAGGCAAGACUGUCUUCCAAGUAUUCCAUCUAUGAAGGCAACCAAGUUAGUUACUUCACCUGUACGCUAGUGAAGAAUUCAACGGAGUGCCGCAUCACCAAGAGCUUGGUCCAACCUUUCGUGAACUCCCAGAUGGGUAGAAACCUACUGAUGGUCAAUGCUUGUUACAAGAAUAUGUACAUAUCUCUCCUUAACACACACCUUGAGAGUACUGCCCCAGCACAGGCUGAGCGUCAGGCACAGUUCCAGCAGGCUUUAGGAGAGGUGCAGAUCCAGGACCCUGACAGAGUAGUAAUCUUUGGAGGGGAUACUAAUCUCAGAGAUAAAGAGAUUACCAGCAUGGGUGGAGUGCCUAAAGGAAUCAUAGACUUAUGGGAAGCCUGCGGAGCUGAUCCUAAGACAAAGUUCACCUGGGACACCACCACCAAUGAUAAUCUGGAUUGGGAAUCGGGACGUUACAAACCCAAAAUCCGCUUUGAUCGCCUCUACAUACGACCCGCAGCAGGGCACUGUACAAACUUGAGCAUAAGUUCUUUCACACUGAUUGGCAAAGACAGAUUGCCGGGCUGUGGACGGUUCCCUAGUGACCACUACGGGAUUGUGUGUGACUUUGAUAUUUUGCCUGGAGAAAUGUGACUGGGGUGAUAUUCAAACCUGGAAGUUUCAGUGCUCCAUCACUUGCUCAAUGUGACCUUGACAGACUGCUUAGAUCGCCUUCACUUAUCGGUCAAGCAUUACCUCCGUGUAAGAUUAUAUUUUCAAGUAUUCAGAUGAUUGGCUUCAUUUUUUCCUGGGUCAUAGGAAAGCCUGAACUAAACUUUAAGGUCAAAACCCUCAUCAAGUGAUGGACUAAGCUCUAUCAGAGACCAGCAAGGCAGACAAACCAAUUUCAUGUGGUGCAUUGUGGGGA